AUGCCUCCGCCAGGGCGUCAAGGUAUGAACCUCAGUGACGCCCAGGUUACGGCCUCGAAUCGAGCUGUCAACGCCUUUCUCGGUGAUCCUCGGCCAGCAUGGAUAACCCCCAAAAUUGGGCAUACCCAAGCCCAACCACCGCAACCUGCCCAUGGCAGUGGUCGGCAACCUCCAGCGACAUCUAGACCACAAGGCCCUCCCCCGUCAAACAUCGAACGAGACCCGUUUUCUAGAAUAGCUCAGCAGAAGGGCACUGCGGCAGGACCAAAAAACGCCACUGAGGAAUCAGAAACAGCCCUUCCAUCGCCGUCCCCCACAGACGAGCCAAGUCCUUCAUCUACGACUCCCCUGGCGGCAAGUCCUGCCCCGGGUCUUUCUACAUUUGAGCGGCCAGCGAGCUUCAGAGUUGUGGCGGCUUCUGCUCCUGAACCCACUCCGUCGCACACUCUCCGACAACACCCUCCCCGGCUUGCAGAACCCGGCCAGUUGCCAACACCCACAAAUGCGAACAUCUCGCGCCCCUGGGAGACUCCCACUCCCGCGAGUCGCGAGGGCGCUCAAAGCUUGCCUAUUCCAGCAAUAGUACCAAGCCAGUCUGCGACAACGGCCCAACUGAGAACUGGAGGCGCCCCGCUCGUUCACCAGCCUACCACUUUCAGCUCCAGCUCAAAUCCAGGCUCAACUUACAAUGUGCAGCCAGUCCAACCACGGGCCAACAUCAUUAUGGACUGGGCUUGGAUGCGUCAAACUCUUAGCGCACGGAUACAGCAGGUCAAAAGCCAAUUCUUGGAAGUCAAUGACUCUAUUGUCCUGCCGCGAUCCCGGAUUCUCAUGUCUGCAUUGGCGUCCGGGGACGUUUUCUUCUUAAUUCUGCAUCAAAUUUUCUGUGCCUGGUCCCUUGACACAACCUCUGUUCAUCAUUUGACCACUAUCUUGCCCGCGACGAUGGACAACGCCCUUUUCCUCUUGCAGACUGUACUGAAGCCCAACACCAGCAUGCCUGCAGACCAUCUCCGUUGGUUCGCGUCUUUCCCAUGCGCGUUUCCCUCCCAGUGGCCAAGUGCGCAUCUUGCCCCGAUUGGCAUCUUCUUGAGGAAUUUCUCCCGGAUGUGGCAAACCGACUUGCUACCGCGUGUUACGAACAGGGGAUUCCCUAUACGGAUAAUGGAGCUUCGAAACGAGCUUGCCCUUGCAUCGCCUUCGCUUGAAACUGUUCUUUUCACUGUGGCAAGACGACACUUGGGCGUCCCGGACGGGCGCAUAGCUCAACAAAUGUCUGCAGUGUUUGCCCAGGAUCAAAACAAUUACAAUCAUGAGAGUUGUGCCACCGGUCAACAAGACCUCUCCGCUGUCAUUGUUGAUGCGUAUAGGAGCCUACUGCGACAGUCUCGGGUCGAAGUGCAGAAUCAGGGCAAGCAAGCACAAGUUCCACUCAACGCAGGUUCAAGUCCAGGCUCAGCGAAUAAUACAAAUGGGCGGAGGCAGCAGCAGCAGCAGCAGCAGUCGCCGCCCCUUCCAUCGGCACAACAUCAUCUUCAGUCCCACCAAAGCCAGAAUUUGCACCUUCAAAGGCAACAAGAACGUUCACAGCUGAUACCCAAUAUUGCGCAUCCCCUCGCGACCAUGCAGCCUGCAACGGGCGGAAAUAUUAUACAUCCGUCUCCUUUAGGCAAUUCCCGUGCAGGCUCAUUUCAGAUGCCUUCAGCGACCGAUAUAAGCCAACCCUCACACCACGAAUACAUCUCCCCAUACCCAAGGCAUCAGGGCCAGUCCGUGCAAGGCUAUGUCUCUGGUAGCGGACCCUACCACGUCGACCAGCAGCACGAAGUGUCUCCCCUAGCUCGCCAACUGUCUCUGAAUUCGACAACUCAAGGGCCCCUAUCUCGAUCAGCAAGACCAGGCCAAGCGAGCCUGCAUAGUUCUGGCAUUGUUCAGCCUUCUGCACGACCGAGGCUAACUACCAAUCACCCUUCAGCUCUUGCACCCGCGACUUCCGAAGUAAUGAGACCCAACAGUCUGUUACCGCCCCGGGGCGUGACGCUAGGUAUCGACCGGAUGGCGAUGUCGCCCUAUGACAAAAAGUCGAUCGAUAUGGCUCUCCAUCAGGUUGAUGUGGCCAGCCCGCGGCGUGUCCCAAGACAGCUACCCCCUGAACAGUCGGUAUCUACGCAGGAAAAACAUUACCAAUGCAUAGGGGAGAUUGUCAGUGGGCCCUUGGCCAUCAAGCCUGAUCAGUCCAUUCACCAGCUUGACUUUGAGGUCUCUGACGACGAACUGAAGCGCCUGAGCACGUAUAGCAUGUCUCCGGGCGAACGACAGGUUCUGUGCGACUAUUUUGACGGUUCGCUUCGGUUUCGGCUUCGUGUCUGCGAGGUCGAUCUCAAUAGCCGAGGGUCGUUGUCGGAAGCAGCGUGGUCGACAUUGUCGACACAGUGGCCAGGCCAUAUCUACGUCAUGUGCAACAGUCAGGCAGUCAAGAUUCGGCGCAAACUGCACAACGGCCAGGACCAGCCAGCCGAGCUGACGAGGCUGAUUCGAGCAGGGCGGAACGUGCUGAAGCUGUCCGUAUCGAACGUGACGCCCAAGGCAGGGCAUGCCACGAUGGUGGCGGUGGAAAAGGUGGUGACGCUCACCCACAGCCGCAUCAUGGCCAUGGUCUCUGAGCGAGGGGUACUUCCCGCGGAAGCGACGAGGCGCAUUGUGCGAGAGCGACUGACACCGGUGGGCCAGAACGGUGGUGACGAUGACGACGUGCCCAUCAUCUUCAGUAAUCUCAGCAUCGACUUGGCAGACCCCUUCACGGCCACCAUGUUCAAGAUUCCGGUGCGGGGCUCCUCGUGCACGCACCUAGAGUGUUUUGACCUCGAGGUCUGGCUCGGUACGAGGCUCGGCAAGUCAACAUCGGUUCACUCGCUCAAGUGCGGCUGUGGGCUAUGCAGACGCAGCAGGGCACUGGGCGCGGAGCCGUCGCUGACGGACAAGUGGAAAUGUCCACUGUGCGACAAGGACGCCCGACCAGGCAGCCUACGAGUUGACGGAUUCAUGGUGGAAGUGCGAGAAGCUCUUGUGCGCCGGGGUCUGACACGCACCAAGAGUAUCAACGUCGGACCGGACGGAACAUGGAGUCCCAAGGCGGAGCAGCCGGAUAGCGAGGACGAGGAAGAUGUAGAAGCAGAUUCGCAACGGCCGCCAAAGCGGGCCAAGACGGGUCACCAGACGGAGGUUCGGGGGGCGGUCGAGGUGAUUGUCUUGGACUGA